CACGUGACCGCGCGCCCGCCCCGCGCGCAGAGCGGCUUUGGCGCGGCCACGGCGCGCGCUGGAGGGGGUUCGUCAAGAUGGCGGCCAAGGGGCAGCUGCUGACCUGGGAUAUUUCACCGAAAAAUGGCAGCAAAGUGUUUUUCUCACAUGAAAUCUAUGAAAAGUACUCAUUGGCUCCAAGCCUCUCAGAACUAUGGCAUUUAGCAAACAGAAUGCACAUUGGAGGGGAGCACCUGUCCACAUCACAUGACUCGCUAUAUCCCACAUCUUUGGCUAGAGAAGGUUUUUCUGGUUCAUCUUUGUUGGAGCAACUUUCCUUGAACGGGCAGAGAGAGGCAAAGAAAAAUGCGGAGACAUCGGCAAACCCUUCAGAAAACAGACAGACAUGCAACACACAGGCUGCAGAUCCAGUUGAGGUGGAAGCUAAAAGUGCAGCUGAGGAUCAUCCUUUUCCAGAACCUAGAGUCCCCUAUCCAUUUACCUCUUGUCUGACUGAGAAGGAGCAGAAAACGUACCUGUAUCUGAUGACAAAAUACUCAAAAAAACCCGCCCAUUUUCUAGUUAAUGCAGCAAGUCAAAGAGAGUUAUUCAUGUAUCUGCAAAUGAAAGAAAUAGUAAACAAUGAAAUUGCAGAAUUUAUGAAGUUUGCCCAAAACGCUGCAAAAAGCUGUGCUCAAGAUUAUGAUGCCAUCUCUGAAGAUGCACUGCAUUAUACUGAGGAAUUAUUCCGUGCUUGUAUUGGACAUGUGCAAAAGUAUCCUGAGUUUUACACACUCCAGGAGAUGAUGAGUAUCAUGGGAGGAAAGUUUCAUACACAGUUGACCUUUAGACUGGAAAAAAAUCUUCUUGUAAUGGGUACAGCAAGACGUGGUAAAACAGAUUUCCCUACCAUGCCUGUUCAGCUGCCCACAGAUUAUAAAACCAUUGCAUCUAUUGUUACUCCAGAAAAAAAAGCUUCUGUUAUGCACAAUGAUGUUAGUUCGGAUUCAAAUGCAGAAAAACUUGCUUUGAAAUACUGUCCUCAAGUUGUUUUAAGUAAUCAAUCAUUAUUUACUUUGCUGAAUAAUCACGGACUAAACUACAAGGAACAAUGGGAAAUUCCAGUUUGUGUCAAAAUGAUCCCUGUUGGAGGUAGCAAAACGGCUAAAGUGGUUUAUGUUGAUUCACCCUUGCUGAGGAAGGAAAUGACUGUGAGAGAGAGAAACCAAAUCUUCCAUGAAAUUCCAAUGGACUUCCUAGCGACUAAAAAGUCUUAUGUUUCAGUUUCUGAUGUAUCAAUGGACAAACCAGCUGAGGACAACCUGUUUCAAUGGGAUAUGUCUUCUGAUAGUUACCAGUGCAGGAAGAUUCCUCUUCCAGAUGACACAGGGAUGGACUUCGAGGAUGAUGUUACAGAACUAGAAACUUUUGGAGCAACUGUCAAGCCCUCAAGAACUUCUAAAAUGGAAAGCACUUUUUCUACAGCUAGUAAUACUGCUAAAGUUUUAUCACAUAGCCUAAAAAUGGAGGAAAAGAGUACAUCCACCAUAAACAGUGGAAGCAAAGAAGAGAAAAACACCAUUUCUGAGCAAGGAGUUUCAGCAUGUGCCAAGCCAGAGGUUCCAUCGUUAGAGGGCAUUCUGUGCUUCAGCCCUGAAGAUAAUUCAUCUCUUAAAAGCUUUAAUUCAGAGGAGGUAGAGCUGAACAAAGUACAGCAUGACGUGACCAAAGAACUAUCGGACAAUGAAAAAAAAUUAAAUACUCUACCUAAUGCUGUUAGUUACAGGAAAGAGCCUGAUGCUGCUCAAAAAAAAGAGAUUUACCCUUCUGUAUGCAGCAGUGAUACAGAUGAAGACCGUUUGAUAAUUGACACAGAAUGUAAAAAUACUGAUUGUUGCAAAGCAGCUGUACCAAUCACUGUUCCUCACACCUCGGCGGACACUGCCAAAUCACCUUCCCCCACCCAGAUUUCAUUAAGAGGCACGGCUGAUUGCUCAGAUAUCGCAGAUCAGGGAAAAAACACCUCCAGAAGGCCUACAAGAAAGUUAUCCAAGGAAUUUGAUCCUGUUGGACAGAUUUUGAAAAUGCAAACUGAACUUCUCAGAUCACCUUCCCAAAAAGCUCAUGAGCAGCCAAUGGUGAGCUGUGAUAAUUCAAAUGCCGCACCAGCCCAUGUCCCUCAGUCUCCAAAACCACUGGUGACCUCCAGCACAGAAACUGCCCCAGCCCCUGCCUUAAACCCAAACAGCUCAUCUAGAAAUACUUGGACUUCGCUUUUUCAGGGAGUGUCAAAGAGAAAGCUGCCAGGUGAACUUCAGGUGCUUGAAGAAGAUCCUUCAGAGUAUAAAGCACCUCAGGAUGGCAACUUUGUUUAUAAGCUGUUCAGUUUGAAUGAACUGUUGUUGCUUGUGCGUUGCAGUGUGCAAAAAGUGAAGUCACGAUACCAGAAAAAGAAAAAAGCCCAGAAGGUUACUCCAAUAUUCCUUCUGCCAAAACUGGAAUACCAAGUCUAUUACGGGGUUGAAGCUCUUACAGAAAGUGAAGUGUGUCAACUGUGGACGGAGAGUAUGUUGCAUUCUGAAUGCCUAUUUUAUAUUGGACAUAUUGAUUCUUUUACAUCAAAGCUUAUUAUGCUAGAAAAGAUUUCUCCAGAAAUUUUAAGAGAAAAACUUCAAUUGAUUAACCCUGCGAAUUCUUUAAAUAUACUUCAUCACAUUUUGAUGAAAGUGUCUGAUUUGCAGGAGGGCUCUUAUUUAUUGAGUCAUGCUGCAGGUGAUUCAUCAGUUGCGAUCUACAAGAGUUCUCUUGACAAGACAAAAGCAUCUUAUGACUUACAUAAAGCUCAUUGUGAUCUUCCUGCUGUACCUGCCACUCUUUCAGUCCCAUGGGUGCCACUGGAUCCCAGCCUCCCUUUGUCCUAUCACAUGAAUCAUGGAAGAGUUCCAUGCACCUUUCCACCUGCACCCCAGGAAGCCACCCGGAAACAAAAGAUGACUGGGGCAAAAGGACAGUCGGACACACCCUGUGAGGGAAAGCCAGUAACUAUGGAAACAAAAGGCUAUCCUGCUAAGCCUGUUCGAAAUGAAGGUGUGGCUACAAAGAAGCUGAAGAAGAAUUACUGCAAACAAAGAAUGAUGAAGAAAAAGUGGAAAAUGAAGUAACCCAAAACGUAGCUGAUACAGGAACAACUGAACCGUACUGUGAUAAGUAUGGCCUGGAGAAGGACAAGACCAAACGAAAAGUCUGAGGCUUUCUUGCCACUUUAGAGAAGACAACAAGCUGGCAGGGAAAUGGCUCUAUAAGCAUUUAACCCUUUCUUACCUCAGUGAACACAUUUCAAAUACAGAUCUCAAAGUCAGAGGGGGAAAAAAGGGCGAGUGUCCGCAGCCAAGCUUAGGGGACAAAAGUAUCUUCUGUGUGUCUCAUGAUUUCUGUAGAAAAAACGCAGCUUGAAGGAAUGGAGCAGUGGUUGACAGCGGUAUCUGGUAUCGCAUAACAACAAGAAAGUAACUUUUCAGCUUUCUUAAUUCUUCCAGAAUCACUACAGCUUCCUAGUCAAGUAUAUUUUCAAUUUAUAUUUUACUUUCUGUAAUAUGCUUAAGGGGAACUUGGAUUUAGUUACUUCAUCCUUUCAACAUAGUAUCUACCAGGUUUUAAAUUACUUUAAAAAAAUACAUUUUAGGAUGGUGUAACAAAUGACAUUUGUGAACAAACGCUGUAUUUAUUUGAAUAGUGUGCCAUAAAUCUGCACUAGAAAACAUACCAGAAUAUACAGAUAUAUUUUUAUGUUUCCCUGAAACAAUUUCCAGAAAUUCUUUGGAUUCUGGUGUGUGUUCAAAAAUGAAUAUUGCAGUUAUUUACUGUAUUGCUGAGUGGCUAAAGCUUAAAUCUCUCAUCAUAUUGCACAGUGGUGUGCAGUAGUGCUUACCUCUGAGGUAUUUAGGAUUGCCUGGAGGAACAAGUGAUAGAAUCAAGGCCUUAGUCGUCAUUACAAAAAUCAAACCAGAAUCUGCUGUCCAUCACCAGUUUGCUUGAAAUUUAGAGCCAAACUGACAGAGUGAAGUUAGGAAAGGAGGAUACUUACUGUCUGUCAAAAGGCCAAGCUUUGUGAGGACAUGCAGUUUCCUAGUGAAUAUGAGUCAUGUGGAGAAAUUAAAGUUGUUUUAAGAGUUAGUAUAUGAACACAUUGUAUUGUGAUGUAUUUGUAACUAACAUGUAUGUUAGUGAGGCAAGAUUUCUCUGCAUUACAGCUGCUCUGUGGGUCAUACUUUCAGUGUUUCAUCAAACAGAGUUUCAGCAGAAACAGUCCUUGAUAUUUGGGCUCAAAAAUUAUGUUCUCUGUUUUUGGUUUUGUUUUGUGUUUUCUGGAUUUCUGCCUGUAUUUUCGUUUAAGAGUAUUGUUUUUAGAAGAGCGUGUGGAUUCCUGAAAGCUACAAGAAUGAGUCCAAUAAAUUCUUUCACAUUUUUGCCUUUUAAAUAAUGCAAACAACUAUUUUUAAAUGUCUGAGCCAGUUUUUGUUUGGAUGAAGUUCUGGAGAGUUGUUUCUAUGCAUGCUUAAACUGCUAACACAAGAAACAAAGGCCUUAAAGAUGUUAUUCCAAGUCUUCUGUUUGCACUAAGAAAGUUACCAAGUACACACAUCUGAUCUAGCACUCUUCUGUUCACUGGAGCUUAACAUGACAUGUUUUAAUGUCAUGAAAGUAGUAUUUAUAUUGUUUACUGGGUGUAUCUGUUGUAGAAUCCUGAAGACUUUUUUUUAAAGCGGGCUUAAACAGUGCGAGUGUAUUAAAACCCAUUCUUUGUGAAAUACUAAACAUUUUCUGUGUUAUUUUCCUUACUGUUAGAUACAUUUAUAGUAUUAUUCAAUUUAUUCCUUUUUUGGCCGCCACGUCUUUUAGCUUCAGUCUUAUGCUGGUGAUAAGCUGAACUGGGGUAGAGCUGUUUGCAAAUUACAAGUAGUUCUGAUUCGAAAUCCUACAUUAGUGACCUCUCAUAGUCACUUGGUGACCUCUCAUAAUGGGAAUAUUUUAGCUGUGAGUCAUUUUUGAGUCUGUGUGGGGAUUGAAAGCAGUUUUAUGUUUGUAUAUAUAAAAACUUCUGCUAGACUUGUAUGGAAUUUAGUUUCUUGAUGCCACUUCAUACAUUAGCAAUGUAUGGUCUAUUUGCCCAUGUAUCUGUACACCUAAAAGACUUGCAUCUUUUUCUUUAUAAUAUUCUAUUACACUAUGCUGGUAUGGUACUACUGAGAGUAUAAUAAUUGUAGUUUCUUAUCUGUUUAGAAUAGGUGGGAGAUCUGGAGUUUGCAUACAACACAUGAGAUGGCUUUUUAAUUCAUUGUCCUGUUUUAUUUGAUUGUUCUCUUUUGCAUGGAGUGGGACUGCAGUAAUUUGCUCUAAGGUGAGUGAGUUAGUUUGAAUGGCUUGGAUUUUGUUUCCGUAUCGUGGGCAGGAGUACCAAAGUAUACUCCAUUUAUAUUUGCAUCUAAAAUAAAAUUCUGUUUUAAAGGAGUUUGAUAAGAGGAGAAGGGAGAAGGGAUAGUGUGUUGGUUUCAGGCAGUAACAUCUGAAACUUGAAACAAAGAAGACGUCUAAACAGAAUAAUUGGUAAAAAAAAAAAUCAGUAAAGCUGGAAAAUAAGCUGGAUAUUAGUUACUGGAUCCCUGGUUCUGUAUAGACUGCUCCUGAAGGGACAGUUACCUGUGGAAGAGAAGAAGGAUUACAGGGGAGCCUGACUGUUGUGAUGUCACUGAACGAUAAAUUCCUAAAUGUAACACAUUGUAAAGCUGUGGGAAGUGAAAGACUACAGCUGAAGGAGAAGGAGCGGGCCUGGAUCUUACUCUCCAGGUGACUGUUGCUCUACAGCUGACUCCUGCUGCUCUCUUUUAUGGUCUCAGCCUGCUGAGUUUCGGAAGAAAAUUCCAGAGGUCUCACAAUCCAAAGUAUGCUGGGAACAGAUUUACUAUGUUUUUUUCUCUAUCUCCUAAUGUAGUCUAGAAGCUGGAAGCACAGAGAACUGGGACCGAGUGACCAGAAAUCCAUCCCAUGCUGACAAGUGGGAGCUGCCAACAGCAAGUGUCCAGCCCUGUGCUCUGAAGUUCAGUAGCAGACAUUGAACCAUUUGAAGAGGACUCUGGGGAGCUCCAGUCAACAAAAGUGCGCUCUCUCUGAUUACUGUGGUCAGCAUGCAGGAAGCCGGUGAUCACAAACAGGCUGGUUGCAGCAUGUUUCUUCCAGUAAAUCAUCUGUGAGGCAGGCACCGAGAGACAGGAGGCUUGUGG